CUAACAGAAAACAGCUCGCUCGUACCACAAUAAACUUUGGCCAGCUUCACGCUGCUCGCUGUUUGUUGUGUUUCCGAAAGAGGAUGGCUGUGAAGUUUCUUAGUGGAGAAUGUGCGCGACCGUGAAGGCGGGAGGGAUCUCUGAACCUCUUCGCCUGUUGCCUCGUCUUGAACAAACGGUGCGGUCGCAGUUGUGUUUGUGUCUGGGGCGCAUGUCGGUUCGCGUGAGGGCUGGAUGGCCUUUUAUUGACGUGAUCAGCAAGAUCAACAUGACUGCCAGAGUUACUGGCUACACGUGAUGUAAUUUGAUGAUAAGACUCGGGCCUCGGGCGCAAAGUCCUGCUAGUUACCGCUAUCAAUCAGUUUGAAUCCUUCAUAGUGGUCCAUCAGUGCUUCACAGGGAUUUUGGUGUUGUGUUUCCUUCUGUUUUUAUUUCGCAAAAGUUGAGCCCAUAGACGCAUCAUGAGCGUAGACUCCAAAAAACCACGAGAGGCAUGUUGCUCCAAGCUCAAGCUGUUCCUGGUCUCCCUAGCCUUUAUGUACUUUGCCAAAGCUUUUGGCGGUGCUUACAUGAAGAGCUCCAUCACCCAGAUCGAGAGACGCUUCGACAUCCCCAGCUCUCUGAUUGGGGUCAUAGAUGGCAGCUUUGAAAUGGGAAACUUGCUGGUUAUCGCCUUUGUGAGCUACUUUGGUGCAAAGCUCCAUCGUCCCAGGCUGAUUGGUAUCGGCUGCUUGGUCAUGGCCACCGGAUCCUUCAUUGUUGCACUGCCGCACUUCCUACAGGGCCCUUAUAAAUAUGAGACCAGUAUGUCCCACAACACUGAAGCCAACAGCACUGAAAGCAUCCUGCCAUGUUUGUCUAACCACAACCUGACUGAGAAGGACGAGACCCCCGACGUAGCAGCCAUACAAGCUUGCGAAAAGGCAGUCGGCUCUUCCAUGUGGAUCUAUGUUUUCCUGGGAAACAUGCUGCGUGGAAUUGGAGAGACUCCCUCCAUGCCGUUGGGAGUGUCCUAUCUAGAUGAUUUUUCUAGACAAGAGAACACACCUUUCUAUCUGGCCUGUAUCUACACAACAGGAAUGCUAGGCCCGAUGGUUGGGUUCAUGCUGGGCUCCUACCUGGCCAAGACCUAUGUGGACAUUGGAUUUGUCGAUUUAGACAGCAUCACCAUCACCUACAAGGACUCUCGCUGGGUGGGAGCCUGGUGGCUGGGCUUCAUAGUGAAUGGCACAGUGAUUCUGCUGUCGAGCAUCCCCUUCUUUUUCCUGCCCAAGUCUUUGCCGAAACAGGGGGAGGAGGAAGAAGAUGGCAAAAAAAGUACAGAGCUAGCUUCUGGGCCAGAACAGGAGAGCUUCCUGCCAGACGAGACCCAAGAUGGUGAAGACAAAGAGAAGACCGUCAAAUUUAAGGAAAUGGUUAAAGAUUUUGUUCCUUCGCUGAAAAGACUCUUCAGGAACAGCAUCUUCACAAUGAUAAUCCUCACCAACCUGUUUGCGGUCAACGGCUUUGUCGGCAUGAUCACCUUCAAACCAAAGUUCAUGGAGCAGAUCUACGGCCAGGCGGCAUCCCGAGCUAAUUUUCUCAUAGGCAUCAUGAACCUGCCCGCAGUCGCCCUGGGUUUCAUCACUGGCGGUUUUAUCCUGAAGCGUUUUAAACUGGGUGUCGUUGGAGCGGCCAGAGUGUCCAUCUCUGCGUCUCUUGGGGCCUUUUGUAUGCUUUCCCUUCAGGGCUUCUUUCACUGCGACAACGCAGAGGUGGCUGGUUUAACGGUGGCGUACCAAGGUUAUCCUCAAGUGUCCUACCAUCAUUCGACGUUGCUGUCGCCGUGCAACAUGGGCUGUUCCUGCUCCAUGAAGCACUGGGAUCCUGUGUGCGCCUAUAACGGCAUGACGUAUGCCUCUCCCUGCCUGGCUGGAUGUCAGACCUCCACUGGAACGGGGAAAGCAAUGGUGUUCCACAACUGUACGUGCAUUGAUACCUCCACGUCCCCUGCUGCAAACAUGUCCGCCGUGCUGGGCCAGUGUCCCAGAAGGAGUGAAUGUGACAGCAAAUUUAAAAUUUACAUGGCUUUGUCAGUGCUGGGAGCCUUUAUUUCUGCCUGUGGAGGCACGCCAGGAUAUAUUGUGCUACUGAGGUCCAUCCAGCCAGAUCUAAAGUCUUUGGCACUAGGCAUGCAGACGCUGAUCGUAAGAACUCUAGGUGGGAUCCCUCCCCCAAUAUAUUUUGGAGCACUGAUUGAUCGGACAUGUUUGAAGUGGGGCACCAAGCAAUGUGGAGGACGUGGAGCAUGCAGACUUUAUGAUUCCAACGCGUUUAGGUUGACUUUCUUGGGAUUGAUUAUUGGACUCUACAUCCUGACCAAUAUGUUGUGGGGAGUCCUCUACGUCAAAAUAGUUAAGAGACAGAAGAAGCUGGUGCUGAGGGAUCAGGCCAAAAAGAAUGGAGUGGAGGCUAACAGACUUAGCAAUGGACAUGCUAGCAUCAGCAUUGUUAAAUACAAAGAAGAUGAAAACAUGGAGAGCACUAUUUAACAUGUUGCAAGAAGGCCAGGUUGUUGCAGAAUGAAGAUGAACCCUUGUGUUCAGUCCUGAACAUGCUAAUGGUACAGUGUUAGCGCUGUCUGGAUGGUUAGCAUCUUCCAUCCUUGGCUUCUUCCCCCCCCUUCUUAUGUGAUCACUCUUUAUAAAUACAUAUAGACAUCAACUAAAGCAAUUAAAAAGAAUAAAAAUAUAUUAUGUUUUGUCUGAACGGUCAAGACAACAUGAUUGAGUGAUUUUAAUAGAUAGAAUCAGAGCGGGAAUUCAAUUUAUGUUUUAAAGCCUUUAGCUUGUGUGUAGCAUUGAAACUUGGUUUGUUUUAGGUCAGUUUAUACAGUGAACUCCCGGUAUACCAGGGUGUUGGGGACCACAGUUGUCUGCGAAUAACUAACCACAUCUUGGUUACUGUGGUUUUACAAACUUAGCUUGGGUAAUUUAGCUAGUUCCCUUGAUGUGAAACUAGCUUAACAUUUUAGCAAAAAGAGGUAAAUGCAGUCAGUGCUGCAAUAACUUGGUUGAAAGGACUGAUUAGUAUGUUCUUCAAAAUGAAGAACAAAUCUCAAGGGAUAUAUGAAAUAUCAAAUAUGGCACGACAAGCCUUAGGGUUUAUUUUUGUAGUUGUAGCACUAUAGGUCUUAGCUUGUCACUGAAACACUAUCUUCUGGAAAUGUACAUUUGUCAUUUCGUUAUAACUGCUGAAGGCUUUAAUUGGUUGGUUUCUAUAUAUUUUAUGUUUUGUCAUAACACGUUAUCAGUUGUGCUCCCAUUUUAUUACUUGUGAUACCCAUUUUAAUGAGCCUUAAAAGCUGUGUAAGCAUAGUAUUACACUUUUUUGUUACAUAACCUUAUUUUUUGUAUGUUAAAAUGUCAUUAGCACAAGCCUGGGUGUUAAGUGUGGCUUAAACAGUAGACUACAAGCUUGUGGGUUUAGUUUCAAGUUUGAAUUGAUUGUAUUGUGUUUUAGCUGUUAAAUGUAUAUCCACUAACGUAGACUGCAAAACCAAGGUUAAAAUUUUGAAUGUACGUACUGUGUAUUGUUUUCUCUUUGUAAUUUUGUUGGUUGUACAGGUAAAUGUAAAUGCACUACCACUGCUGUAUGAAAUAAGUGUUCUAUUAAUGUUUUAAAGAGAAAUGGUGAGUCCAGUUUUGGUUGGUGGAGUUAGCAGGGGCUAACUGGUGCUUCCUUCAUUAAAACAAUCAUCAGUUGAUGACAAUGUUA